UAUACAAGUUCGGUAUUAGGAUUUCGGUAAUUAGGAGAAUACAGGUUUCGAAGACAAGAGUUAAAUUGAAGAGAGAUGGUUGCACGGAAAAGAGAUGGAUUGAGAGAAAAGAGAAGUUAGAACUGUAAUGAGAAUCAGGAGAAAUAAAUAUGAUCAGAAAGUGUCUGAGAUCGAACCGAUCAAGUUGUGUUUUCACUACCAGUUCUUUAGAAAACCCCUAGUACAAAUUUAUCAGUGGCAAACGAGGAUAAAGUUUUAAAGUAGUUAGUCGCGUCGCGAGUGAAAAUUAAUGAGAAAGUGCAAUUUUCUUGGAAUCCUCCGGCGUAAGUUUAUUAAGAGAUUUUGGAAGCGGCUACGGUGCUGAUUUUUUAUUGAAUUUUGCUGACAAAGCCUUUUUGUCACGCGCUUCCUUAUCUCCAUUUUAUUUCAAGCAUUGGUGGCGUGCUAUAUCGCGCACUUGUAAGUAAAUUUUGCUAGAUUGAAAAAUCAACGUCGUUUAGGGUUAUACAGUGAAUUGUAGUGAUUUUUUGGCGAAACGAGCGUGAAAAUCACGGCGAAAGCGUAUUCAUUUUCGGCAAAGAAAAACGCCAUUUUGCUUCGUGCUUCAUUUUCCAUUCUUUUAUUGAAGCGGUGAUAGAUGCUCAUUGUUCUUUUGUAUUCUUUUAUUCUUUUGUUUGUACCACAGUGAAUAGAGUCAUUCAACUUUGCCAUUUUGAGCAUCAGUGUUUUCUCAGUGUGGGUAUUCAAGAGGAGAACAACAGUAGCGCUGUUGAUCCUUUUGUUUUACCACCGAUUUUACCGCCCGCAGCUACAAAGCCAAGCUGUCAGUGAGUCAACUGUGGUAAUUUAGUCGACGUCGCAGCCAGCCAGAUUUGGUGCAUCAAAAGUGCAUUUUUGUUUUGAUUGCCGUCUCAGCCAGUGGAGAGGGGUCAACGACCCAGAAGAAAAAUUUAAUCGACCGAAAAAAAUUUUGUUUAGUGGUUUUAUCACCGAGAAGUUCGGCAGAGCGGAAGAAAAAAAGUGAAGAGAUUCCCUGCUGCGUCUGGAUUUGCCGCUUGGGAGUUGCUGUUGCUGUGCGGGUGGCCAUUUUGUAGCGGAUUUGGUCGCUGUGCUGCUGUGGAAGAGUCGUCGCGAGUUGAAGGUUGCUGCUGCUGCUGCUGGGUGCUGGUGCUGUUGUUGUUUGCUGCCGGGUGCAGGUUGCAUUCUCGAGGCUACCCGAGGAAAAGUUUUCUUUUGAAAACUAUAAGGUAUGUGAUUUUGUUUUCUUCUUUUUAUCAUUUUCAUUUGAAAAACAUAUUUGAACUGAAUUUUAAUCCGGAUUUGUAUUUGUUGUUCUUUUUAUUAUAUUUUUUUUUAAUUUUUUCUGUGGUUUUUCCCAAUUUAAACAAUAAGUAUGUUGCAAACCACUACUGAACCUUACUUGCCUGGUACAAUACCAUUUGCUCAGUAUCAGGAACAAUUGGAAUGGCUGUUUUAACAUAACAAUAUACAGGAAGAUCAGUACAAGACUUCAUUUUUGGCGGUCUGCGGCCGUGAAGUUUUUACACAGCUAAAGCUUUUAUUUCCGGGUAGAGAUUUUAAAGAUUUAACCUACAAGCAAAUGACUGAGGAAUUGACAAAGCGUUUUGACAAAAAGGAGUCAGAUGUCAUACAUAGCUAUAAAUUUUGGACUCGCCGCCAAGGGCAAUACGAAAAAGCAAUCGAUUUUGUCCUGGGCGUGAAACAAUUGGCAGAAGAUUGUGAUUUUGGCGGUUUUAAGGAGAGAGCUAUUCGCGAUGUUCUGGUUAUCGGCGUUUCCGAUCGUCAGUUGCAAAAACGAUUAUUUGAUGAGGACGAUCUCACUGCUUCGAAAGCCGAGAGGAUCAUUGUUAACCAAGAGAUUUCCAGUGAUAGGACGCGUUAUUUGAAAGAAGAUGACGAUAAGAGAGGCAAUACCCGAGGUAGUGUUAUUGCAAGACUGGGUGCAAGGGUGGAUCGCUCUCGAGUUAGGUUUGCACGCAGAAGCCGAAGCAGGAGUAGAAGCUACAGUAGAGAUAGAUCGUUUUCGAAGGGAGGCCGAAGAAAUCGCAGAUUUGACGAUAAGUUCAAUAGUAGUAACAGUAAACCAUCAUUUUUGUGUUCAUUUUGUAAGAAACGCGGGCACACUAGGAAGUUUUGUUACAAGUUGAACAGGAAAAGUCCAAGUAAGGAGAGAUCCAGUGUUAACUUCAUUCAAUCACCGAAGCCCUCAAAAGCUUCUUCUUCAGGGCUGUUUAAGAGACUGAAAGCAGAUUUGGAAAACACAGACUCUGAAGAUGAUUCCCCUUGCAUGAUGAUUUCGGCCGUUAACAAGAUUAACGAGCCAUGUUACGUUGAGGUUCUAGCAGAUAGGAGGAGAUUAACGAUGGAGAUAGAUUGCGGCUCGGCAGAGAGCGUUAUUUCGGAAAGUUUGUUCUUGAGGAACUUUAGUGCUCACUCUUUGAAACCAUGCAACAAAAAGUUGGUCGUCAUAGAUGGAAAACGUUUAGCUAUUUUGGGGAAAGUUUUUGUUCCUGUACAGGUAGGAGACAUCAAAGCCCAGGAACUUUCCUUGGUAGUGCUACAGUGCGACAACGAUUUUGUACCUUUAAUGGGCCGAACAUGGCUGGACGUCUUCUAUAAAGGAUGGAGAAACACUUUUGCUAGACCUACGACAUCGACAGAGAGGAUAAAUGUUUUGACGGAAGACGAGACGAUUGACGAUGUUAAGCAUUUCCCUCGGUGGCAGGAUCGUGUGGGCGCACAAGCGCCAAUUGAAAGUGCAAUCUGAACCAUAUCAGAAAACGGAUCGAAUGGUUGUUUUUCGAGGAGAGAGGUUGUUUGAUGCAGUUGAUGCAGCGCAUCAGCCGCAUGAAGAGCAAGUGGAAGAAUACAAUGAAGAAGAUCAUAACAGGAAAAGAAGAAGAGAAGAAGAUGUUUCUGACGAUUCGGAUUCAUCGUUUUACGGUUUUCCUGCCGAUUCGUUUAUUUUUCGAGAAGAAAAUUCAGAUCAAGUAAAUGUUGAAGAAGCGAAUUCAGAAAUUCAAGAUAAUCUUGUCAGAAGAAGCGAAAGAAGAUCGAAAAAGAAGAGAAAGAAAGAUUUUGUUUAUUAUUAGAUAAAUUAUCAGAAAUAAAGCAUGUGAAAUUUUGUAAAUUAUAAAUAGUUUAGAAUCUUCUUAAAGGGAUAAGGAGUUGUUGUAUACAAGUUCGGUAUUAGGAUUUCGGUAAUUAGGAGAAUACCGGUUUCGAAGACAAGAGUUAAAUUGAAGAGAGAUGGUUGCACGGAAAAGAGAUGGAUUGAGAGAAAAGAGAAGUUAGAACUGUAAUGAGAAUCAGGAGAAAUAAAUAUGAUCAGAAAGUGUCUGAGAUCGAACCGAUCAAGUUGUGUUUUCACUACCAGUUCUUUAGAAAACCCCUAGUACAAAUUUAUCA